AUAAGCAUCUCUGCCUAUGUCGUACACAAAUAUUUUCCCGCAACCGAAACCCGAUACGGAAACGAAACCGCUUCCUCUUACCCUCUCCCCGAUACGCAAAGCGACAACGCCACCUUCGCUCCUGCUAUUAAACCCCCUUUCAGCCGAAACAUUUCGGCCGACACGCCGGCACAAAUCAAAUCGGCCGGCACGCCGCAGAUCGUCACCCUACCCCCCUCAUCUCGCCGCGCGAUCUGUCGGCCGUCGAUCGAUCUCCGACCAGUCUCCUGUUCAUUUCGCUAAUGCCGCGUCAUCCAGAUAUAGGGUGGCAACACGGCACAAUGAUUGGGGAGAAACGUCACCACGUACAGUGUAAUUAUUGUCAUAGGAUUAUGAUUGGAGGAAUUACUCGGUUCAAGAAGCACUUGGCAAGCAAAAAGGGGGAGAUUAAGGGCUGUGAUUUUGUCCCCCGGGAUGUUAGAGAUAUGAUGAGAAAGCAAUUAGUUAUUCUAAAGCCAAAGAAGGGAAUAGAGAAGAAGAGAAAAAGAGCAAUUGUGGGAUGUUCUGUUGCGCCUUCUUCUGGAGAUCAUGCCAUUGAUCCAAAUUCAAGUAGUACUUCCAUGAAUGUAAGGCAUGAUUUGCUAAGCAUUGAUGAUAUGGGCUCGCAAGAGCUGGGCAGUCAGCAAUUGAACGGGACAGCAGAAGAUUUUGAUGCCUUUUCCAAUCCUGCUUUUAAUGAGAACGGUUCUGCCCCUCAUAGAGCUACUGAUGUAGGAUGGGAUCAUGGCACAAUGGUGAACGGAGAUCGCCAGAAAAUAAUGUGCAGAUACUGUCAGAAAAUAAUUUUGGGAGGCGGAAUUUCUCGCCUGAAACAACAUUUAGCUGGCGAAAGAGGUAAUAUUGCUCCGUGCGAGAAAGUUCCAGAUUAUGUCAAGACGAAUAUACGACAACAUCUUGGUUUUAAAGUUCUAGAGAAACUCAAAAGGCAGAAAAUAACUGAGGAUCUGAAAGUUUCUCUUCAGAAAGCCCGAGAAGAAGGAAAUGAAGGUAUUCCCCAUAAGAUAGUCUCCAGAAGAACAAAUUCUCGUAAAAGAAGAGCUCAAAACACAGUCGUUGGCUCGGUUCGACCGCCACUUCAGACGAAAAUUAGUCCAAAAUUUACCCCUCAAGAAAUCAUAGAAAGAGCAGAUAUGGCUGUUGCGAAGUUCUUUUAUAUCACCGGUGUAACUUUUAACUCAGUCGAUUCAUUUUACUUCCAAAAAAUGAUUGAUGCAAUAACUGCAAUUGGUCCUGGAUAUAAAAUUCCCUCCCAUCAUUCUUUGCGAGGUAAUUUACUCAACAAAUGUUUGAACGAAGCUUCUGACUUAUGCAAGGAGGUUCAAAAGUCAUGGGAGGUGACCGGAUGCACAAUCAUGGCAGAUCGUUGGAUUGACAAAGUUGGUCAUGCAAAGAUCAAUUUCUACGCUUAUUCUCCAAAAGGUACGAUUUUCCUUAAAUCGGUGGAUGAAUCAGAGUACGAAAACUCACCCGAAGAUCUUUCGAAUUUGUUCGAUUGCAUCGUCAAGGAGGUAGGCUCGAGAGAUGUUGUAGCUUUUCUUACUGAUUCCACCCCUACUCAUAGAGCUGCAGCUCGAAUUUUAAUGAAGAAGUACCAGACAUUUUUCUCUUUUGUUUGCGCCAAACACUGCUUUGAGCUGAUGCUGAAAGCCAUGGCAGAGAUGGAUGAGAUAAAAGACUUAUUGGCUAAGGUGAAGAAGAUCUGUCAGCUUUUAUACAACAAUGCUUGGAUCCUCAACUCAUUUAGAAAGAAAACUGAAGGAAAAGAACUGUUUCAGCCUGCUGCCACUGAGUUUGUAACCAAGUUCUCUACUUUACAAACCAUGGUGGCUCUCAAAGACUCUCUUCAACAGGUGUUUAUAAGCAUUUCAUCAGUUUUAUCUGAACAAAAGUUGGGUUCAGAAGUGAUAGAUAUUUUAUCAGAUUUACUGUUUUGGUCAUCCUGUGCGAGGAUCCUCAAAGUUAUAAGACCACUGCUCUCAGCUCUGCACCGAAUAGAGAGCAAAGAAAGACCCAACAUCGGAUAUUUCUAUGACUCGGUUGAAAAGGUGAGGAAGGGAAUUGUUUCCGAAUUUGAAAACGAAUCUGAUUAUCGUCCAUUCAUUGAAGUUAUUGAUCGUAUUCGUGAAGAGCUUCACAGCCCUCUCCAUGCUGCUGCUCAUUAUCUUAACCCUUCUGUUUACUAUAGUUCAGAAUUUCUCAUCACCACUGUUAUUCAGAAGGGUUUACUUGAUUGUAUUGAGACUUUGGAGACUAACAUGUUGUCUCAAGAUAACAUUACAAGGCAGAAGUGUUUUUAUGAGGAUGCAGUUGGGGAUUUCAGUAGACCUGUGGCAGUAAGAGGGAGAGAGACACUGUCUCCAGCCACCUGGUGGUCUCUUUAUGCUGCUGACUGCCCAGAUCUUCGGCGCUUUGCUAUCAGGAUUUUGAGCCAGACUUGCACUAUAGAGACUUCUCAGAAAAUUUUGUUCAUGAAUGAGUACGUAGAAAGUAGACACAGGAACAGAUUGGAGAUUGAGAGAAUGAAGGAUCUUACUUUUGUUCGCUACAAUUUACAUUUUCUGCAAAGGCAAUCUGCAGCAUCAUCAGGAAGCAAAAGCUCCAUGAGACAUGAAUAUGAUCCACUGUGCUACGAUGGGCUGCAUUCUGUUGCUGCCGACUGGAUCGAAGAUCCCGGAUCCCUCGAGCCGGAUAACUAUAGCUGGCGAAAUCUCGUUCCGCCGGUCGAUGCAGCUCCGGCGAAGAACAAAGGCUGUGAUAUGGAUGACAACAAUGUCAGUGUUGAAGAUGGAAGCAACAAUUCAAGUCAGUUUAUUGAUGACACUGAUGAUUCAGAGUAGAUGCUCCUCCAUGGCUGGUUAUCCCAAGCUUAUACAGUAGCUUUUACGCAAUUAAGAAAUAUUUACAUACAUACCACCCACACCUAAACUUUGUUUUUAUAAUUUAUACACCUUUUCAUGCGUAGAUGAGAUGGUUAGAUAUGCAUAUUCUUAAGAAUUCAGUGGUAUGCAAAUAAAUCUUUCUAAUAUUAGUGUAGU